AGACCGCCAAUGGUCGGAGAAGGCUUAUUUAAAGCUUUCCCGGCUGUGCAGACAGAGGCGGGGGGAAGAUCGGAUUGAUUGCUCCUUCAAGGGUUUGUUCAUCCCAAGAAGAAAAGAGAUUCCCCUGUCUUUCUGAAUCUCUCCUCCGCUCUUGGGAUUGAUCGGAGCUCAGGGGCCGUAUUAGCUCUUUUGCGUUGCUUCCCCGUGCUUUUCUUAGUCUUUGCUGCAGCCGGACCCUUCGCCGUGUGCGGAAAGAUGGUGGCCGGCGGUAAUACUGACAUCUCCCUCCCCGGAACAUUCGCCAGCAGUGCUUUCGCCGCCUGUUUCGCCGAGAUAUGCACUAUUCCAUUGGACACUGCCAAAGUCCGACUUCAGCUCCAGAAGACGGUCGCUGCUGGGGAUGCAGCGGCCCUGCCAAAGUACAGGGGUAUGCUUGGCACAGUUGCCACCAUUGCGAGGGAAGAAGGUGCAGCUGCCCUCUGGAAAGGCAUUGUGCCUGGGUUGCAUCGCCAGUGUGUGUUCGGAGGUCUUCGAAUUGGGCUGUAUGAGCCGGUAAAAAACCUCUAUGUGGGUGAGAACCAUGUUGGUGAUGUUCCACUAACCAAGAAAAUACUUGCUGCCCUCACUACCGGUGCUCUAGGUAUUACAGUAGCAAAUCCAACUGAUCUUGUUAAAGUCAGGCUUCAAGCUGAAGGAAAAUUGCCGCCUGGUGUACCAAGACGCUACACUGGUGCACUGAAUGCUUAUUCCACAAUUGUUAGACAGGAAGGAGUAACAGCUCUAUGGACUGGUCUUGGACCCAAUAUAGCACGAAACGCUAUCAUUAAUGCUGCUGAGCUGGCCAGCUAUGAUCAAGUGAAGCAGACAAUUUUGAAAAUUCCUGGUUUCACAGACAAUGUUUUCACCCAUCUACUUUCUGGUCUUGGGGCAGGUUUUGUCGCUGUUUGUAUCGGCUCCCCUGUUGAUGUGGUCAAAUCGAGAAUGAUGGGAGAUUCUGCUUACAAGAGCACCCUCGACUGUUUCGUGAAGACUUUGAAGAAUGAUGGCCCUCUUGCUUUCUAUAAAGGCUUCAUUCCGAAUUUCGGAAGGCUGGGUUCUUGGAACGUGAUCAUGUUUCUGACCUUGGAACAGGCUAAGAAGUUCGUCAAAAGUAUAGAAUCAUCAUGAGCUUCCGGAGAAGAAAACUUUUAAAAGCUCAUAAUAAGGCACCGAGAGUGCGGGACUCGAUGCAGGCCCUUCAGGAUUGAUUACAUAUUAAUAAAUUCCUCCCUUGCAAGCUUACCCGAAUGGCAAAGAACUGUCUUGCAAAGGAAACCCUUCUGGUUGAUUGAUUUACUAGCCUGAACAAUUUUUUUUUUUUUUUUUUUUGGCUAAGAACAAUUUUGCCAUUUGUAACUUAUGUUGUUGAGGAAAUUAAACAAAUUGCGAAACCAUUUUUUUCCCGGGCUAA